GCCCACUCAACUGUGAACCAUUUCAUACUUCAAAUGGCUGCGCAUCCUCCUCAAAGUUUCAUAACUGAAAUCAGACUUGUGAAAAACAUGGUUCAUCUAAAAGAACAAGAGCAUAACUCAGAAUUUUGCAAUAAUUACAGAUAAUUGCAGCUAAGAAGUUAUCGUUCGGGAACAUAUUGCUAUUUGAACAAUACAGAGCCUACAUCAAGUUUGCUUUCUUCAUAUAGCUGCCCAUAUGUUAGCCAGCUGGCUAGCUAGCUAAGAUUGGUUCAAUAACAUAAGACAAUGUUGCGCUAAGUUGUCCAAACGUGACAACUUGUGGAGUUUGGAUGCUUGUGUCACAUGCGUAGACACAGGCGUUGACAUGACAGCUUCUGCAAUAAUGGACUACUGCAUAUUGUGCAGCCACAACCGCAAAAAAAAAAAAAAAACAUUUGAGGAUAUUAUUAUUUUUCCUUCAAAGGGACAGCUCAGCCAAAAGGGGCAAAGGGGUUGUUGCCCGGGCAACUUUGCAACUUUGCCCGGGCAACUUUACCCCGGCCUUGUGCACGUAUUUGGCCUAACUAGAAGCCUAGAUUUGUCCAAAAUUGUUUUUUUUUUUUUUUAGGGCUGUAGAAUUCACUGUCAUAUAGGGUACUGUGGUGUACGUCUUUUCAUUUCGUCUCCCGUUCUGUGAUCCCUACAAUAGUGCCUGUCAUCAAUCCAUUCAUUCCGGCGUUCAUUCAUUAUUUCACCGCCAGCGUUAAACCAACCCUUGCUCACGUCACACAAACUGGAAAGAUGCGAUUCGAUGCCAUAAUCCGACCAAUACAUUUCUCAGAAGUUCGAGACCAACGUGUGUGAAGACAGCGUUGUAGGAAAUACUGAAAUAGGCAUGUCUUUCACAAUGACGAGAGAGUCUGUCACAACCAAUAGGACAAAAAUAGUCAAAUAGAAUUGUGAGUUAGUUUAUUAUCCACUGCUACGUUUUUUCAGUGUUACCUGUAUCCCUACUUCCGUUACCACAUUGGUGUGGAUACAGAGGACGCAUUUGAGAAGUAUUCCGUACCUUUGCCAGAAGCUCAAGGGCCAACAGGACAGUUCUUAAAUUGGAGGGUCUAGCAGACUGACAACAUUUCUUCAUGUCACUAACACAUGGACGGUCAUAAACGGAAACAGAUCUGUAUAAAGUUCAGACUGCGGCAGGACGCGAGGACGCAAAGCGCAAAUCAAAGUAUGGGACCCCCUCACCUCGCUUGAAAAGGACACAAAAUCAAACGAACUGCGACAUUCUGCGCAUUCCCAUCUUGUUUGUGGGGAGGAUAACUCUGUGUCUGUCUCUCUGUGAGAUGAUCUGAUCUGAUUUUCUUAUUCUAAUGAUCUUAAUCCAAGACCAAGGAAACGUGCCCCGGCAGAGUAAUAACUGGUCAAAGGUUCUUUGGCGCACGUUGUGCGUCGCAACUUCAGGCUGAUGAUCUGAAGAAAACGAUUGCCUUUCACUGAAUUAAUUUCAAGAAGAAAUGCAGACAGUUCGGCGGAAAGUUUUGGGGCUGUUGGUAGUUCUCUUGACUCUUUCCCUUCUGACAGUGAGAGGACUCCCCAUCAAAAAGCACAGGAGCAGUAGCUCAAAACCCAGGGGCGCGUCCACGGAGGUCAAAGGUGAGAGUGGCGUCAGGGACGUCCGUCAGACGCUGCAGAGCCUGCAGGAGCAGAACCAGCUGAGGUCUGACCCGCUCUCGCCCAGGCGGCACAAGCGCAGGUGGUCGCACCUCCGCUCCGAUGCCACCCUGCCCAAACCCAUGCCAGAGGAGCAGCCCUUCGUCCUGGACCUCAAGAACUUCCCAGACCUGGCCAAGGACCUGGACUCACAGAACCCCAACAUUCAGGUGACUAUCGAGGUGGUGGACAACCCCCAGAUGGAGAUUGAGAUGGACCUGGCCAAGGAGAGCCGCAACGACUGGUCCUUGUCCUCCGAGGACUGGCCGGGCCACAAGAACCUGUUCUGGCCCCUGUUCUGGGAGUACCACGACUCGGCGGAGGACAGCCUGGGCCAGGCCAGCCUGGAGGACAGUGAGGAGGACUACUCGUUUGACGUAGAGGACUCGACCCUCAGCGGUGUCGGGGGAGACUGGGGGAACAGGUGGAAGGGCUGGUACUCCAAAGACAACUAUGAGUACGAGGAGGAGGAGUGGAGUGAGUGGUCGCCGUGCAGCGUUACCUGUGGCCAUGGCAACCAGAAGAGGGUGCGCUCCUGCGGAUAUGCCUGCACGGCAACCGAGUCCAGGACGUGUGACCUCGAGAGGUGCCCAGAUGAUCUGAACACAGCGACAGAGCUUACGCCGAUCAACAUGGACAACACUACCCAGUCUUUUGGCACAGAUGUGGACAGCUGUGAGAAGUGGCUGAGCUGCAAGAACGACUUCCUGCAGAAGUACCUGCACCAGGUGCUGACGGAGCUCCCCAGCUGCCCGUGCGCGUACCCGUCCGAGGCCGUCUACAGCGCCGUCAACAUCUUCGACGAGACGCUGCAGAAGACGUUCCGCUGGCGCGACGCCAGCGGGCCCAAGGAGCGGCUGGACAUCUACAAGCCCGGCGCCCGCUUCUGCACGCGCUCCAUGCUCGCCUUCGACAGCACCACGCUGGCCGCCCAGCACUGUUGCUACGACGACCACAUGAAGAUCAUCACGCGCGGCAAAGGCGCCGGCGCACCCAACCUCAUCAGCACCGAGUUCUCGCCCGAGCUCCACUACAAGGUGGACGUGCUGCCCUGGAUCCUGUGCAAGGGCGACUGGAGCCGCUUCCACUCCGUGCGGCCGCCCAACAACGGCCAGCAGUGCGCCGCCAACCCGCCGGAUGACGUUUACAUGAGCGAGCUGGAAGAGGCCCGAGAGUACUGAGCUAAGCCUCACCAGGGAGGAGUCGGCCAGUCGAGUCGUUUGUCAAGAGGAAAAAACCUCACCACCGUCCAAUAUGGAGACAAAUUGCGCCCCGCUAAUUAUGGAGGGUGAGUUCGACUGCGGAGCAUAAGGUCCUAAUGACGCCAUUUGGAGGCUUUUGGGAGCCAUUUUCCUCUUUUUUUUUUAUUUAAAAAUAAGCGGCAUUGGAUCCCACUGUCUCACACAUCAACACUUCAGUUGGAGAGGCAGUCCGCGGAGUCCGGGGAUGUUUGCAGUCCAGGUCUGUAAUUUAUGGCAGAGGCUUGGAGCUGUGGUGGGGAUAAACCAUACACUAUUUAUGGACAGCUAAACUGAAAUAACACUGUUUUAAAAGGCGGGGAUCGAGACUCAGGUGGGGAACAGUGAUGCAACAGUCCCUCUCUCUAUCCUUCUCUCUCUCUCUCUCCCUCUCUCUGUCCACCCUCCCUCUGUUCUCUUUCUCUCUCUCUCUCUCUCUGGCACCCUCUCAUUCAUUCUUUUUCUAUCUUAUCUUUCUCUCUUACUUGCCAAGUUUCGAUCUAUCCUCAUCUCUCUCUUUCCCUCACCAGUCAUUACAACGAGAGUCUUUCCCUCCAGAUCCACAGACUAUGUGCUGCUAUGGUGGCAGAGAAACAAGCGGUCUGUGGAGGAUCGCUCCCCUCCAUGCCCUGGAGGUCUCUGUAUUUAUUGGAUUUGUAUCGGGUCAUUGCUGUGUGCUCAAAAGACUCGGAUCUCUCCUGAAAGGAAUUCACGUCAAGCUGCUACAGUUGCCAUGAGUUCAAAAAGAAUGCUGGGUUUUGUUGUUCUAGACUCUCUCUCUCUCUCUCUCUCUCUCUCUCUCGCGUUUUCUCAUUUUUUCUUGCUGUCCCUUCUCUGGACUUGGCAUGGCUCCAACCCGAGCAGGAUGAGUCCAAACAAAUCAAACAUAACCCCUUCGGUGCAUUCUCCGACUGUUUCAACAUAUUAUAGGGACCGUUCACAUUUUAGGGACGUGUAUAUUAUUACUCUAAAUGCAAGCAUAUCUGGUGCCAUAGGACAAGAUAUUUUUGCAGAAUGAUUUGACCUCUGAUAUCUCCCCGAGGAGAAUUACACAGGGGCCUAAUUAGGUAAUGGCGGACUGGAGAGUGAAUGCAGCUCUUGUGUUCCUUAGCAAAUGCUUAGCUUAUUUUCAUCACAGCCUACAGGGUUGCUCAAUUCAGUCCUAAACAUAAUUGAAUUCCACUGUGAAGGAUUUUUUUUUGCCUGUUAACAAGUUCUGUCUUUGUGUGAAAUGCAAUCGGAGAAGCCCCUGACACGCGGGAGAGGGUGGAUGUGGUGCCGUUGAUGGAAGGAGGUCUUUUCUGUCGAAGGCGGGAGUGACAUCCUGGAAGUAAACAUACGAGUCCGUAAACACAGGAACCCUUUGAACACCCCGCAUUUGUCCCAGGAGCACAAUCAAAGGCUUGUUCCUGGCGUAGGAUGUUG